AUGAAAGUGACAGUUCAAAAAAUACCCUCUUUUUUACUCAGGUUCAAUAAACCGAGUCUACUUGUGCCAAAAAUUUCUUCUCCAUUCUUUUUGCACAGUCAAAUCUUCAGGGAUAACACAAGAUAUUUCCAUGCUGGUUGUGUAUCCAAAUUAGACCUUCGGUCGGGCAAUCGUGAAGAGGAGCUUUUAGUAUCCCAGAGAAAACAAAGACCAAUAUCCCCACAUCUGACCAUUUACGAGCCUGAAAUGAGUUGGUACCUCUCUUCCUUGCAUCGUAUAUCCGGUGUCUUAUUAGCUCUCGGAUUUUACGCUUUCACCAUUACUCUGGGUGUUACGACACUAUUGGGGAUGCAGACAUCCUUUCAAGACCUAAAUAAGUGGUACCAUGAAAAGCUACCCAAAUGGUCCCAAUGGCUACUUAAAGGAUCAGCAGGAUACUUGUUUGCGUUCCACUUUGGUAACGGAAUUAGACAUCUCGUCUGGGAUAUGGGCUACGAGCUAACCAAUCCCGCGGUUGUCAAAACAGGAUCUGUCGUUUUAGCUGGUACGCUGGUCUUGGGCACCUAUUUACUGGCCCAAUAA